UGCAUGAAUAAACGGAUAUAAAAGGGUAAACAUUCAACUGCCAGAGUCAUUGCUAUCGGUUUGCCAUUGUUGUCAACAUGUUGAAGAUCAACCUUCUGUGUGCAUUGGCUCUGUGUUGUACCAUCUUUCGUACGCAAUGUGCUCCAACUGCAAAUACAUCGAGUGCUCUCCAUCAUGGAGGUUUUGCUUUCGAAAUGAUCCUAACCAAAUUGAAGCUUCUAGAAGAUCGUUUAUAUGGAAACAUGGUAGAAAGAUACAGAUCAUGCAGAGAGGUUCCCUCUUCCGGCAUAUACACCAUUCAACCGGAAAAGCCCUUCAAGGAACCAGUAAGCGUACUGUGCGAUAAGGAAUUCUUAUCGGGCGGCUGGACUGUGAUACAACAUCGGUUCAACGGAUCGACAAACUUCUAUCGCAAUUGGAAAGAGUACAAGAAUGGGUUUGGCAAUCUGGACGGUGAGUUCUGGUUGGGUCUGGAUCGGAUUUAUCAACUGACAAUGUCCCAACCACAUGAGCUGGUGGUGGUGCUGGAAGAUUUCGAAGGCAAUAAAACAUACGCCAAAUACGAUCAGUUCGAGAUUGGAGACGAAACCCGAAAGUAUGAAGUCGCAAAGUUAGGCGGAUACACGGGAACGGCUGGUGAUUCUUUCGGUGACACUAAGGGCAUGAAAUUUUCUACAUUCGAUAAGGAUCAUGAUACGUGGGAAACGCACUGCGCAGUUACAUUAGCCGGCGCCUGGUGGUACAGUAAUUGCAUCUUAGGCAAACUUGAAGCGGAAGCUAAUAUGUUCAUUCGAUGGCGUUUACUAUCUUCGGACAAACUGAACAACAAAAGCAAUCUCAAUGGAAAAUAUCUUCGAGGUAAAACGGAAGAGUUUGGCACUGGGAUGGGAUGGGACACCUUUCGAGGACAACAUUAUGCACUAAAAUCUUCCAAAAUGAUGAUAAGACCAAAUAAUGUUUAGUCUAUUUAAUUUGUUGAUGCUAAACCAGCAGGAUAGUUCUUUAUUUUUAUAUUAUAA